AUGGCCCAUGAAGGAGACCUUUUGAAGAUGGCCUAUGAAAAUAUUACGCAAUUUUAUCGGUCACUGGCCUCCUGGAUAAAUCGCCUGCGGAAGGCAUCGUUACCUCUAUCGUCGUACGGAAGCAUGAAAACUUAUGGCAACCAUAACCCUCUGGCUUCUACUGCUUUUAUGGGAGUAUGGGCACCUCAAUGGUCGCUUGAUAUUGGUGUAGAGUAG